UCUUUUUUUUCCUUAUUAUUUUUAUUUAUUUUUAUUUUCAUUUUUUGCAAUAUAAAUUCAAUGAAUAUCCUUUCCACUCCAACCACUUUUCCCAUGGAUAUCAAUCACACAUCCACGUCGGAAGCACCUAUAAACUAUUUCUCUCCAAGCACACCCAAUGAUCAUCUGUACAGCGACUGCUGUGGUUAUUGUCAUCAUGAUAUCUUCAAUUAUCCCUACGGUGAAGACAGCUGCCCGUUUUACAAUGUGUAUCAGCCCAAACCCUUGAUCGAAGAGCCUUUCCAUUACAACUACCUACUGAAUCUGUUCACGGCGCCGGACAUGAAAGCCUACCUGAUGGGCACCGGGUUCUCUGAAGACGUUUACGCUUUACCUAUCCAUCUGCAACGACUCAUAAGCGAAGCCAAAGAAGAGGUGGUCAUUGAAAGUACCAAAGCCAACCAAGUAAUUGCUUCGCAACCUUCCUUUACGGCUCUCUCACAAUUGGAACGUGUUCGUAACUUUGUCUGGAUGUGUUCAGACGGUGAUGUAGCCAACCUCAUGCAAUGUAUUAUCCAGUUGAUCAGCGAUGAGGAUGAGCUUGAGAACUUGUUGGGUCACUGAGACCAACGUGAUACGCCCAUUUUUUCUUUUUCUGUUUUCCAUUGCUUCCAUUUGCCGUCCCAUAACCCAAGAGUUGGAAGAACCUCAUCGAUUGAUAGUCGCACCAUUUGUAUACAUACACUCACACUCACGCACACCCGCAUCUACAGCAUCCCACCCUCCAAGAUCGAUGUGGUAGCUUCUGUUACUCGUCUAUUACCACCCAGUAUCCACUUAAAACCGAACUAAUUUCAAUUUUUUUCUUUUUUUAUUUUUUUUUCCUUUCGCCAUUGCGAUUUUCAAUUAAUACCAUCAGUCUCACCAUGACGAAUAGGGAAUUUCACUGUAAGUUUCGUCCUUGUAAAUCUUAGUUUAAUGUGAUCAAUUUUUUUCAAAUAUACUUGCUUUUUUAUCAAAAAUACAA